AGGCUUCGCGGGAGCUAUGGCAAGCUCAAAGAUCUCGGUUAGUUUAGCUCGGCCAAAUCGGUUCCCGACUCCCAAGUGCUGUCGACAUAUAUCUCUUGACCGCGCGACGCCUCGUCUUUUCAACUGAAUCUCUUGGCUAUUAUUAUGUUUUCUUAAUUAAAAACGUGGAAUUCUAUACGCCAUGACAACCUACAUCCCCCAAAUUACCCUGCCUUACUCGGUAUUCACCAGCCCGGCUGCUUCUAUUCUGCUGCCAGUUGGGCUGGGAAGCCUCGUCGGCUGGAGCACUGCGCCCAAGAAGACAAAGGCAAAAUAUGCAGCGCUGAAGCAGCCGCCCUACUCGCCGCCCGCUUGGGUGUUUGGCCCUGCUUGGACAGUUCUGUACGGCCUGAUGGGCUAUGCUGCCUACCGUGCGGUUGACACUGGAAUGUCCCCGCUGAGCUCUGUCAUCCACCAGCGCAUGACCAAGCACGGCGCGACUCUUUACUCUAUCCAGCUCGGUCUCAACCUUGUCUGGAUGCCGCUCUUCUUCGGCCUCAAGCGUCCGGUCGAGGCCAGCGUCGACAUCCUGGCUCUCGUCGGGAUCAACUCGUACCUCACAUAUCUGUGGGGCUCUGUCGACCGCGUUGCCGGUCUCUGUCUGGCCCCCUACGUGGCCUGGCUCAGCUAUGCAUCUUACCUCUGCAUUGGCGCAGGUUAUCUCAACGGCUGGGACAUCAAGGACAAGGAAACACCCAAGCAACAAUAAAGGUUGACGGUUGGCCUCGGCACUGCCGGUGGAUUUGGCGUUGAUCACUGUACAAAACCACAAAAUUCAGGGUCCAAUACCCUGAUGUCUCGAAACGACUGGUUUCGUCCCACUACGGAUUUCUUUUCACUUGGAUUGUUCUAUGUUAUACCCUAUAUGAGAUCCUUUGACCCCUCAAUCCCAACUUUCAGGCCAAAAAAAAGUUCGUUUAUAAAUAUCCAUGAUUGUGAGAAAUUUGACAAAGCUGGUAGUCAAUCCCACCUGACCAC